AUGCUGCAGGUAACUCUAGAGGAUCCCCCAUCGCAGAACGAUAGGCCACCACUCAGCUCUAAUGAAAUGAAGUCUGGGCAACAAGCUAAAGCCGCGUCAGCACCAGACGACAGCACAGGCGUUGGUCCUUCCAGGGACGCAGGACAGCCGUCUGCGCCUAUUGCGUUGAGACCUGGCGGUUACCAACAAAAUGCUCUCGUUCACGGCAGCAAUGAGCUAUACAUUUAUAUCGGGACCAGAUCUCCACCCGGCUGUUCUUUCAGCCAUGUUACAGUCACCGACGAGACCGACGAUCUAAGCUUCUUCCUGAGCUUGCAAAAGAAAUAUCGAGAACUAAGAACACCUUUUCAAAUCUGGUUCUCACCCUGGCAAUAUGAUCACUGCGACUUUUUCGAGCUGAACACUGCUCUCAAGUUCCGCAAAUCUCCAACAAAAGCUGGCAGCGGAUCUAGCAUACGACACGGCUAUCCUCCCAACAACAAUCAUUACCACAUGACCCCAUGUCCCGUCCAAGACGACCCGCCCAUCGGCGAUCAAAGUUUCUCAGACUACUACUAUCACCUCCAUGCCGGAGACGAAGACUAUGUUCCCGGCACACGUCCAAAAAACCUGAGAGAACAAAUCCGAUCUGUUCUAGCUAGCACGACCAUCGCACUAUCCCUCUUACCAAAAAAGAAAGCCCCGGUCGACUGGAACGAUGGCAAAUACGACACGUUCUGGGGCCUUUACGCUGUCGAGCUGCCAUCUUUCAUUCGUAUCCUGGCUGGUCUGGUCUUUUGCCUCACGCCGUGGAUUAUUUUCUUUUUCCUCUGGCUCUUUGAGUGGAAUCAUAAGUCUGAUUUGCAGAAUGCUUCGGUGCCGUUGUUGGUCUCGAUCGCGCUUUUUUGGAGAGGAGGUAGAGGGAGUGGGGAUUCGCUUGAGAUGAGGGACAUUGAUAUUCUAGGACCUGGAGUAGCGUCUGGUAUCCCUCUGCCAGGCGUUAAGAUGAAAGCAUUUCGAGUUAUGACUCAUGAAAGAAUGAGAAGCGAAAAAGCUCCAUGGCACUUCAGCUUCGUGGUGUUUCUUAACGUGAUCGCGUGCUGUCACGUUUGGGCAUGGAUUCGCGCGUUUGAUGGCAGGCAUGGAACAGUCAGCAUCGGCCGGGAUACUUACUGUAUUGUACUCAAAAAAGAGAUUGCCGCCUUUUCUGCCGUUCAUCUUGCUUCAAGACCUCAUGAGACAGGUCUGGCAUUGCCAUGCCUCACCAGUCCUGUCACAUACCAAGCCGUGACAGGCUUAUUUGACGGCAUAUGCGUGACGCUCACUCUACGCAAUCUUUCGUACACCGACAUGGACAUGUCUCUGUCCCGGAAGGAGGCAUGGAGAAGAGACAUAAGAAUGCUCUUAAUUAGCGUCAAGGCGAAGUAUUAUCUCGACCGGUCACCAGUCUUUUCCUCCUCCUUCGCUGUUGCAGCUGGGCUCGCUUCCGCUCUACCAACCGAUCAGGGCCUACCGCUCGUUGGUGACCUUAUUGGCGGUGGCGGAGGUUCAAACUUGCCAUCUCUAGGCAGUCUGACUGGAAGUGGUGGCGGAGGUUCAAACUUGCCAUCUUUAGGCAGUCUGACUGGCAGCGAUGGCUCAGGCUUACCUCUUGUCGGCAGGCCAGGGCAACAGGACGACAGCCCUUACGGCGCUUCCUCUCCCAGCGACAAUGGCGGUACCUUGGGAGGCAUCCUCAAGUACGAUCACCCAGCCAAGGAUGAUACUCAGCAUCCCGACUGCGUAAACCAAUGCAGCAGCUACUGCCAGCAGUACUUCCAGGACAAUGACCAAGAGGACCAAUGCCAGCAGCAGUGCCCACAGCAAUGUUCACAGGCGCUCGCCUCGCCCAUUCAGUCAUCUUCUGGCCAAGAUCAAAAGAGCGAUCGAUCGCUGCAAGGCUUUGCUCCAAACCAGCAACAAGGCGGCCAAAAUCUCGCAGAUCCAAUCACCCAGCCUUUCAGUAGCAGUGGUAGUGGUCUGCCGGAAUCUUCGGGUAGUAACGGCAUCGCCAGUCCAAUUGGCAACGGCAGUACUGGUCUAGAUAACCCUGCUGAUCAGGCUUUCUGUAAUAUCUUUGAUAGCAUUUACAGCAAUACUACUAGCGCCGAACAGCCAGACAGUACGCCUCUUGGCUACGGUGCAUCCGAUUCCGCUACAAACCAGCCAUCCGGUCAGUCUCAUAAGCCCAGUAGACAGAAAGCAGAGCGCCAAGAUUUGAAAUGCAUGUUUGAGCUUCAGCUUUACUUCUGUAUACUAUGCUUCAAGAUUGAGAGAUUGAUUGCCUUCUGGAAGGGUUAUGAGAAUAUACACACAGCAACAGAAUACAUCAUGGAACUUUGCGAGCUUUUCCAUCUCCUUCGCCAGUGCCAGUGCCGAAGUUGUCCACGGUCAUGGCGGAGCGCCUAG